AUGCGGGAUGCCCCUUCUCCAGACAAUGAAAUCCAGAUGCAGGUUGGCUCUUCCCCUGGGAGUCACAUGUCCAUUGAUGACGUCCCAUCCCCUGCUGCUUCCUCGCUGCAAAGCGAGAUUUCAAUGACCGACUGCGCGGCCCAUCAAAUCGACAGUCAGGAUGUGGAGAUGUCUCGUACGCCAACCCCUCCGCAACAAGAGAAGCCCGUCGCCGCCAGUGUUCUUCCGAGACGUCCUUCUCCCGUUGUUGCUGGCCCGUCUACCACCAAGGAGAUCGUACCAUCUGUGGUGGCGGCCCCUGGCCAGGGCGUUGCCGGCUACCAGGACAUGGCAGCCCCAGUUGAAAGCACGGACGCCAAGAACAAGGGCAACGGCAAGGGCAAGGAGAGGGACCCUGGGGACGACACGAUGGCGGAUGGAGCAUCAACCAACGCCAUUAAGGACGGGCAGGCAAGCACUUCGGCCUCCCAGGAAAUGUCUACCAGCAGCGAGCAACAGGCUGCGUGGUAUGGGCAGCUUGAGGGUGCAAUCUCUCAAGCUGCCAACCAUUUCCUGAUGGAGGCCCACGACGAUGGCCAUCUCACAGAUCACUCUCUCAAGAGGAUCAGAGAGGAUCGUCGUGCCAGAAGGUUGCCUGCCCUGACCGACUUCCGCUACGACCAGCUUGGCCAGUACCAGUUGGUGUUCGACAAUUUCAGCAAGCUGUACGGAAGCUUCGGCCGUACCACUGUUGGUUCGAGUUUCGUCCUGGCUGCCUGGCGCAAGCUAGGCACAGAGAUUUGUGCCAGGAACUUCGCCAAUUCCGAUAGAGUGGUAAAGCAGCAUGUUGACGAUGCUGUGAAGAUUCUUGCCUUGCUGAGAGCAGAGAAGUCGGCGAUCAGGUCGAUCUCCGAGCUCCGCGACAGCGUUCGAGAAGUCCUGGAGAAAGGCGGUGGUUCGUCGAGCCCAGGGUCAGUGCACCGGCAUUUACCACUACCACACGUCUAUAUAAUAGUAUUGGAACGUAGUCCUGGUACAUACGACCAUAGGGUGUGGAAAACAGGGCUUCCCGUCCGCUCAGCCGUACUUAAGCCACACGCCGGUGAGUUAGUAGUUGGGUGGGUGACCACCAGCGAAUCCUCACUGUUUAGGGAAGCAACUAGUUACAAUGGCUUCAAGAACGUUGUUAAGGGGAAGCGUUGCCUGAAAAAACUGCCCUGA